UAGGAGGUUAAGGCUGAUAUGACCCUGCAUGCUCCACACCUUCAUUGGUCCCACUCCGGACACUUUGAUUCAUUGGAUCAUGCUAGCGUCAGGCGUGGAUACCAGGUGUACAAGCAGGUCUGCGCUGCUUGCCACAGCAUGCGCUUCCUGGCAUACAGGAAUCUGGUUGGUGUGACCCAUACCGAGGCCGAGGCUAAGGCCGAGGCUGAGGAGUCCCAGGUGCUGGAUGGACCUAACGAGUCGGGGGAGAUGUUCAUGAGACCUGGUAAACUCUCAGACUAUUUCCCAAAGUAAGAUUUAGACAGUAUUAUGGUCACAUUAUCUGUU